AUGAAAACGGCAAAAGAGUCGCCGUCAUUGCCCGGCAGACUAUUCCAGCAUAUCAUUGAACCACCGCUGAUUGAACAGUGUCAGAAACAGCAAUGGAUGGAAAAAGAAUCAACACGUCGACGAGAAGUGGAGCAUCGAGAAUCAUUGCUCGCUCUGCGAUCAAUACUCAGCGGUCAUCGAGAGCAACCAUCAUCACCCGAACAUGAUCGGAUUAUCUACCUUGGGCUUGAAGAGGAGCCAACAGCGUACAAGAAUGACAAAAAAGCUUCGCUCCGCAAACUACUUCAACGCCUCCUUAGUGAGUUCAUCGGUACUUUGCUCCUCGUUCUCUGCUAUGCAAGCAUGCGCGUUGAAAUGCAAUUGAACCGCCUUACUCCGCUCGAGAAUGCUCUCGGCCAAGGACUUGUGGUGGUGGCCCUCGUUUAUUCACUCGGCGGUAUUUCUGGUGCUCACUUCAAUCCAGUGGUGACACUCGUCUUCACUCUUCGAAGAACUUUUCCUCUAAGCUGGCUACCACUGUUCAACGCUGUCCAAUUAACAGCAGCAAUUACCGCAGGAAGCAUUUUGCGCGCCUUGUAUAAACAUGAUGCAAUCUACGGAACGAAUGCCAUCGAUCCCAAGAUGCUCUCGUCUAAUGUACUCGGUUUCGGUUGGGAAGUGAUCAUCUCAUUCUUUCUUCAAUUUGUUGUGCUGCAAACUGCGACAAGAGGCAGUAUUAUCGGACCAUUGGCAGCACUUGCCGUAGGUUCAGUGAAUGUAGUUAAUGCAAUUAUAGGCGACAUAAAUUCGUCGUCGAUGAAUCCGACUAGAACACUCGGACCUGCCAUCGUGAAUUCGAGUCAAGAUGGCAAAGCAAGUCUGUGGGUGUAUGUAGCGGGACCGUAUGUUGGCGGAGUGAUCGCGGUGCUUAUUGUGACUCUAUUAAAUUUCGAUAACUCGGCUCAAGAUGAUAGUAGUGAGGAAAUGAAGAUGGCACAGGGAGGAGAAUGA